GGCCCGGCUCAGUUUACUUCGGCCCAUUUAUCGUGCUAUUCGAUUUAUAAUAUUGGAUCGCAGUUGCUUGGCGAAGGGGAAAAGGUUGGCUCGCUGCGAUCUCUCCGGUGCCCAAGCGAACCCCGCCGGCCGUCUCCAGUUUCGUCUGUGGUAUACUACUCAUCGGCAUCACGCCGCAUCAGCUGUAGCAUAGAAAUGCAGUCCACGGACCUCCCUGCUACUUCUGAUUCAUUGGCACUAGCCAUGGAGGCUAGAGAUCAUUCUGAGUCCAUUGCUAUUCUUUACCGUAUUCUCGAGAACCCAUCAUCUUCCUCGGAGGCACUGCGCAUAAAGGAACAGGCUAUUUCAAAUCUUACAGACCUCCUUACUCAAGAAAAGAAGGCUGAGAACUUAAGGAGUCUUUUGACCCAACUGAGGCCCUUUUUUUCAGUAAUUCCAAAGGCCAAAACAGCAAAAAUAGUGAGGGGGGUUAUAGAUGCCGUUGCGAAGAUACCGGGAAGCUCAGAUCUACAAAUCUCCCUUUGCAAGGAAAUGGUGGAGUGGACCCGUGCUGAGAAACGCACAUUUCUGAGGCAACGAGUUGAGGCAAAACUUGCAGCUCUGCUGAUGGAAAACAAAGAAUAUUCUGAGGCCUUAUCCCUACUCUCAAGUCUCAUCAAGGAGGUUAGAAGAUUAGACGACAAACUACUACUGGUGGACAUUGAUCUUUUAGAGAGCAAGCUUCACUUUUCCUUGCGAAACUUGCCCAAGGCAAAAGCUUCAUUGACUGCAGCGAGAACAGCUGCUAAUGCCAUUUAUGUCCCGCCAGCACAACAAGGUAGCAUCGAUUUACUAAGCGGGAUCCUUCAUGCUGAAGAGAAGGACUACAAGACAGCUUACAGCUAUUUCUUCGAAGCCUUUGAAGCAUUCAACUCUCUUGAGGAUCCUCGUGCAGUCUUUAGCCUUAAAUACAUGCUCUUGUGCAAGAUCAUGGUCAGCCAGGCCGAUGAUGUUGCUGGGAUAAUCUCUUCUAAGGCUGGCUUGCAGUACCUCGGUCCUGAUUUGGAUGCCAUGAAAGCUGUCGCAGACGCGCACUCAAAGCGCUCACUGAAGUUAUUCGAAACUGCUCUGCGAGAUUAUAGGGCUCAAUUGGAGGAAGAUCCAAUCGUCCACAGACAUCUUUCAUCUCUCUACGACACCCUCCUGGAGCAGAAUCUUUGCAGACUGAUUGAGCCCUACUCUAGGGUGGAGAUUGCUCAUAUUGCCGAGCUGAUUGAAUUGCCGGUUGACCACGUUGAGAAGAAACUGUCACAGAUGAUACUGGACAAGAAGUUCACAGGCACUUUGGAUCAGGGUGCAGGUUGUCUCAUCAUCUUUGAUGACCUCAAGACGGAUGCGAUUUAUCCGGCCACACUGGAUACAAUUGCCAACAUCGGGAAAGUGGUCGACAGCCUCUAUGUGCGAUCAGCUCAUAUUAUGUCAUGAGGUCGUCUCCUUAACACUUUUUAAGGAAAUUCUGGGUGCUGUUAAGUACUAUAUUUUACUUUGGUUACCUUUCGCCACCAAAUAUCUGGAUGUUUUUAACUGCAAAAUGGAUGGUUUCGGUUGUUGCUUAGUUUUUUUUCUGCAUCUUAGGAGCUUCACUUCUGUCAAGUUGGAAUCUUGUUUCUGUGGAUUCACAUAAGAAAUUCUACUUCGAAAUGCUUUCUUCUAA